AUGCUGAACCCCGUCAUGUUCAACUUAUUUGUCAAACCGGCAAACCACAAGUUGGUGAGCAAAUGCGGUUGCUUUGGCAAGCGCUACGACGAAAACCUGAUCUGGUUGCUGAGACAGCUCGACCACAAACAAGGCGACCCUUGUCUUAUUUAUUUACACGGCGGCGGCUACUACUUCGACGUCGGCCCCUCGCAAAUCGAACUGACCUUGGCCAUCUGGGACUUGGUCAACGCCGCCCUGAAAAACAUGCUGGUGUUGUUUUUGGAUUAUAAUCUCGCCUGCGACGGCUAUACUGUCCCCACCCAGCUCCAGCAGCUCCACCAAACCUACAUGCGGUUGUGCCAGGAGGAUGGCUGGGACACCAUAUAUCUCAUGGGAGACUCCGCUGGCGGCAACUUGGCCCUUGCCUACGUCCAGUACCUCCGCAACAACCAGAGCGACCCCAAAAUCGCCGAGUUGCCUUUUCCCAAAAAAGUGGUGCUCAUUCUGCCGUGGGUGAAGCUCCACCCGGAACCCUACCAGUUUGUCCCCGGGAGCUCGUGGUACGACAACAACGGCCACGACAUUAUAGACUACGAGGUGUUUGCCGAUCUCGACCGCGUUCACGAAAUCAUCGGCGAUGAACCCUUAGAUCUGCCGAUGGUGUCACCGGGGAACUGCACUUACUCGACCAAAGACUGGGAAGACAUCCCCUCGCUUGCCGACCUGGGCUACGACGUCAUUGUCAUUGUCGGCGAGGACGAGGUGUUCCGUGACGACAUCCUCGAGUGGUGCAAAUACGCCCUUGGCUGUCCACUAUACGACGAACACCGCUACGGCGACUCUGGAGGGCAUUUCGAUCCUGAAAAGCACCAGUGGGUCCGCGACGGCGUCGAAGGGUGCAGCCACGUCGAGGUCUACGUCGAGCCCUACGGCCUCCAUGACCAUCUCAACUUCUUUGAAAAUCAUCUACUCCACAAAUUGGGUCGGAAACAGGUUUUACCACAGGACUUGGACGGCUCCGAGUUCUUCGGCAUCAAGCGGGUGGCCCAGCUCCUCAGUCGAUAG